CAAGUAGUAUCUAAACGCAACAUCAUGUCAUGUCAAACUUGACAAAAGAAAACAAAAAUGAAAUCGUGUUGUAGAUUUAUUUCCUUAAUAUUAUAAUAAGAAACUGAUUAAAAAUUGUUAUUGAACUACAAAUUGCGUGGAUAAAUAAUAAGGGCGACAAUAAUUGACAAUAUUUGUAAAGUAUCGACAAUACAAACCGAAGUAUUGAACUAUGUCGGACUCUGUCCUAAUAAAAGAGGAGCCUCAAUCGGACACCGAUGACAACACAGCCGAGUCAGCAGAGUUUACCGAGAAAGUAAUUAAAUACGAGCGGCUGGAGAUUACGCCUGAUGUGCCGGACGAUGUAGACGAUCCACUGGGCACAGAUCCUGACACAUGCCACCAAGUAUCAACAUCCUCAACCGCCAACAAUGAAGAACAGGAAAAAACGUGGUACAUAGAAAUAUCCUCAGCGAAGCUAUAUACUUGCACCAUUUGCAAGCAAACCUUCGAUAUUCUAGAUCAUUUAAUAGCACACAGACGAGCUGAACAUGCGACAGAUGUGAAAGAAAAAUCUGUCUCGUGUGACUGGUGCGAUAAGAAAUUUAGAAGAAAUUGUGAAUUAAACAAACACAUCCGUGUUCACACUAGAGAGAGACGCUUUGCAUGCGACCUGUGUGAGAAAAGAUUCAUCCGUAAAGAAGAAUUACAACUUCACAGACAAUUACAUUCUGGAGAGAAACCUUUUUCAUGUGACGAAUGUGAUAAACAAUUCGCUGUCAAACAAUAUCUAACGAGGCAUAAACUAACACAUAAACAAGAAAAUUAUCCUUGCGAUGAAUGUGGAAAAGUUUUCACUGUUAAAAAAUACUUAAACGUCCAUAAGCGUACUCAUAGUGGCGAGAAACCAUUUGCGUGCGAUAUAUGUGAUAAACAGUUUACAUUGAAAGUUAAUUUAAAUAAUCAUAGAAAUAUACAUACUGGCGAUCGGCCGUUCUUUUGUGAAGUAUGUCAGAAGCAAUUUGCGCAGUUAAGUUGCUUGAUCACGCAUAGGAAGAUACACACUGGGGAAAAGCCAUAUGCUUGUGAUAUAUGCGGGAAGCAGUUUUCUUUGAAGUGGCUGCUAGGUAGACAUAAAGAUGUACACGCGCAGAUUACGUAUCCUUGUGAUGUUUGUCAAAAGACUUUUACACAAAAGCGUAGUUUAGCCGUUCAUCAAAAAUUACGUUGUGAUAAAUCUUGAUCGAUUUCCAGAUAUGUUUAGUGACGGCCCAAGUGACCUAAUGAACCGAAACCGGUAGAAAAAUUCAGGAGUUUGGUUGCACAUUUCUUAAGAAAGUUAUAAAGUUUUUUUAAUAUGUUCAGAAACAAGGUAAUUUAUAUAAACGCUAAUAUCUAUUAAACUAGAAACACUUUCUACUGUAUGUGCCGACAACCUCCGAACUCCCAAAAAGUAGUGCUGUGGAAAAGAAAAUGGAUUGGUCAUACCCUUUGAAAAGGAGCUGUGAACAGUGCCAGUAUCGCAUUUGAGUGGCGGCCUCAAGGCGGAAAACGACAAACGCUCCGUACACACCUGGAGGCGGAGCGUAGAGAACGAUCUGUGAGCCGUAGGACUGAGCUGGAACGAGGCCAAGACGGUUGCUCAAGAUAGAAAGGCGUGGAAGGAUCUUGUGGAGGCCCUAUGCCCUCCAGGGUGCCCUAGGACCAACAGCAACAGCUUUCUACUUU